AUGUCUGGUAACGGAAGAAACCAGAUCAAUUACCAUAUCACCUCUACAAGGGAGACCAAUUUAGAGACCCCCGAAUCGAGUAGAGCUUAUGAAUCCUAUGAUGAAAUAAGUGAUAAUAGUAGUGACGACAAUAGCUCUACUUCCGAACUUGAUACUUCUAAUUUCAAUUAUAAAGAAAUAGACAUGAAUGAUGAAGAUCCAUAUCAUGAAAAUGAGAUAGAAAAGGAAGUACGUCAUGGAUUAUUUACCCUACGAUCACAAACGACAGGAUUUAGAGCUAAAUACGCAUUGCCAUUCAAAUACCUUCCAAACAACAACUAUUUUAAUAAUUUAAUAACACUGAUAAACCCCACCAAAAAAAAAUAUAAACCAACAGAAUUACAUAGUUAUUACAACCUAAGCCCUCAUAGUUAUUUUAAUGCUUAUGAAGAUGAAAACAUGAAUGAAACUCCAAAUAAUACAUACGAUACACCUACUGAUGAGAAAAAGAAAGAUGAGCGUAAUGAAGAACAAGCAAUUGAAAAUAAAGAGAAGAAUUGUCAAUUCAUACAUACAACUUUGCUAAUUAGUUAUGACUCCUUUCGUUUUAUUGGAAAUCCCACAACUACUAAGUUGCGCGAAGGAAUUAGUGAUGCCAUUGUGGUCAAUGUUAACAAUGACGAACUGGAUGACCUUCUCUUAGUUGUCCAACCUAAUGGGAUGUUAUUGUCAAUUCUACCAACAAAAAAUACAGGAAAUUCAGAAACAGAUUACAGUUUAGAAAUGUCGACUGUGUUGCAAUAUUGGGAUCUAGGGAAUCGGGGUAGUUGGAAGAUUAUUGCCGAACAAAGCUCACGUGAAGAUUUGAAUUUCAUCGUGACAGAUACGCUUUCUGGCAAUAUAAAAUUCUUCGAAUUCAAAUAUAGAUAUGAAUUUACAAUGAUAAAUAACCUAUGCUUAGAUGACUACAUCAUACACUCUUGUGAGUUUUUUGUCAGUCAAGUAAAAUCAUAUUCAGCUAACAACAUCCAACAAUAUGCUACCGUGGAAAAUAUAAAUAAAAACCAAAAUAAUGAUCCUGUUAUGCUAUUUGUUGCAACAACAUAUGCCGAAAGAAUUGUUCAUCUCUGCAUAGAAUGGAGUAAUUCAGAUCCUUACCACAAGAGAGUACAUCAGCUAACAUACCAUAGAAAUAAUCAUAACUACAACUCAAUCCCAUUACAUCAUAACAGAGUCCUGACUAGCCAAAAGGAUGGCCUAGCCAUUAUAUCAGCUAAUCAAAUCAUGUCAGGUGAAACUUCUUUUAUUACUACACGUCUACCAAAUAAUAUGAAAGGAAUAGUGUCUUGGUUUUCGUGUAAUAUUCUACUAAAAAAACUGCAAUCUCUGAAUUCCUCACAAUUUGAUAAAUAUGAUGAUUGCAUAGUUGCAUCAUCUACAACGGGUACAAUAUUUGCCUGUUUAAUAAGUAAUACAGAUAUAGACCUGCAUCCACUUACAAGGUUUAAAGGUGUUACCUUUAUUUCUCCUUUUUAUUCACCCUCUUCUGAAAAUGAAAACCUUCGCUACAACAUGAGGGUUAUGAGUUUCAACAGAAUGGUUAAUAUUAGAAUUGAUCUGAUGAAUACAAUAAACUCUAACUCAGUUCUAGCAUAUCAAAAUGUUUUAUCGAGAAAGACAGAGGAUAUUAGUUCUGAUAACAAUACAAAAAUUGCUAUCAUAAAAAAUAAUAUAUGGUUAUUUUCCGAUUCAUCCAUAUCCCAAAUGACUAACAUAAUUGAUGAUCGUGGCCCAUUGCCUUAUUUGAAAGUAUCAGAGGUAGUGGAGAAUCUUAGGAUAUUUAAUACCUACAAUAACAUACAAACCUUUAAACUCGAUGCACUGGCUUCAUGGAGAACAUUUUUGGAUAUAGAAUUCCCAAAUGAUAGCUUACUCAUUGCUGGUACUGAUGGAGAACAGAUAAUGGAUCUUUAUCUAUUGCAACAAUUUUAUGAUACUCAAAAUGAGGAGGCCAAUUUUGAAAUCACUAAUUUGAAGGGUAUAUUGAAAAAUAAUUUUAAUACAACUUCAACACCGUUAUUUUGCGAACCAUACAAACAAUUUUUAAUCUAUGGCGAUAAAGAACGUGUGUCUGUUCUAUGUGUGGAAACAGGGGUCAUUAAAACAUACACUGCGGAAUUCAGAAUUGACGGGAUAACAUUUUCGCUUGGGGUUAUAACCAUUUGGAACUAUGAAUCUGAUAAAAUCAUCUACUUUUAUUGUCAUAAUAUAAUAGAAUGGUUUCUUGAUGUCACUGGGAACAUUAAUUUUGAAAGUAUGACAGGAGAUGUUUGUUGUACUUUUAACUUGAAAGAAGAAUAUAAAGUACUGUUUAUUGAUAAAUUAAAUUAUAAAAACUCUAAUCGAUUUAAAAUAUUUUUUGCAGGGGACUCAUCGCUUUCUUCAACAUUAUAUCCCUAUAAUCCAGAUGACAAUAGAGAAUAUAGUAUACGCACCCAAGUUAAUGAUUUUAUAGUGUUGGAUGGACUACUUGUGUACUCUGCAGAAGGUGCGGUAAUCCAGUGUUUAAUGCUCCAGGAUGAGGAAUAUAAGAACAUACCUUUGCCAUUGCUACCAACUGGCCCACAAGAUAUACAAAUUCGGAAAUUUACGCGAAGUUCGAUUUUAGCUUUUACUGCUAAUCGAGUGUUUGUUAUUAAUUUCAGAGACAUGAAUAAUUAUAAUUUGCAUGAUCCGUUCCUAUUUGAACUCAAAAUACCGUACGAGGGGAAAGAAAAUUUAAUUCUAGAUAUUUCUGUCCAAUCAGAUGAUGAUUGGACACAUGAUCCCAUCAAAUGUACAUUAUAUAUUCUAUUUACCAACGGACUAAAGAUUUUCAAACCGAGCUAUUACAGUUGGACAUAUACGAAUUGUCUCCUAAAAUACACAAGGAGUAAUAACAAGUCGUUUGUCUAUCUUCAAAAGUUGAAUAGACUUGCAGUUAUCAAUUACGACUAUAAUGAUUGGUACUGUAUUAAAUUAGAGAAUGGGAAAGUUCUAAGCUUAGACAAUUCCGUUUUUGAAAAAGAUCAUAAAUUAAUUAAUGUCGUUGAUGUUAGCAAGCAUUCUAAAAAUAAACAAUGUGACACUUUACUUUUUGUUUUCGAGACUUUGAUUAAGAUUAUUGAAAUUUCUUCGAAGAAUGCAAAGGUUAUUACAAAAUGUUUACAAACUAAAACCCUUGGAAGCAAACUCAGUAAAGAGGUCUGUGUUACACCAGACAUGAUCUAUAUAUUGCGGAAUAAUGUAGUAGAAAACGAUUACGAUAGAUCUUAUAAUGAUUACCCAACUGAAAAUGAUAUGGACUGCAUGUUUCAUAUUAACCUCGAAGGUAUCGAUCAAAAAAUUGUGAUUGAAAACGAAGUUAAAUUUUAUGGUAAAGGUGAAAUAGGGAUGUUCCAAUUUUUUAGUAAUAAAUAUGCAGUUAUGACAGAUUCCUGUAAUAAGCACUUAUUACAGGAUCUUAAUGUGAAUAAAGAUGGUAUAUUUGAUCCGGUAUCAUUUUCUGCAACAGAUAUACCUACUGAUUCUAAAGUCGUGAAAAUAGUACCAAUCACCGAAUAUCUCUGUGUUGUUGCUAUUCAGUUAGAAGAGAGAGUUCAAUAUUCAUCUAAAUUAAUAUUUUUGGGGUACCACGAUAGAAACUUUAAUGCUACAAAAACUGAGACGGAAAAAAACCAUUAUUCUGAAGCAUCACAUAGUAUCGAUAACGCCGCAUCACAUGCCAUCUCCUACGUCAAAAAUGUGUUAGAUCGUACUGAUAACAGUUACUAUAAUGAAUCCUUAAUACAACUGCCCAGAGAUCAGAGUCUACCUGACUAUAUAGAUGAUAAUCAGGAUAUCACAAUGCCAAUAUCUGGUGAGACAAUAGAUUCCAAUCAUUAUUUAACCAAAAAUUACAAGUUGUCAUUUGAGGAUCCCAUUUAUCACUGUGGACAUAAUGGUUACACUAGAGUUAUUAAUAUCCAGGGUACAAUCCAAGAUAUAACAUAUAGUCCUGAACAGAAAACACUGGCGGUCCUUUGUGGGGAUCAAACUGUAUUACAAUUCAAGAUGGGGGGUACAUAUUGCGCUGAGUUAAUGUACCCGUUAAGGAUGGAAGCUGCUCGUGGACACGAUGCUGCAUAUGUUCCUCAACGAUCUAAGAGACCUAAAGAAAACCACGGGAGGAUUUUGAGAGAUAUUGACAUAUUUGGCAGAAUUUGGGAUUGA